AUGUUCGAAACCGCGAAUGCGUGUAGGAAAUAUGCAAGCAUGCAGAAUUACGGAGACAAGUUGGCGAGUACGUUAGGAAAAGGAAUAAAGAGGAGCGGAAUGGACAUUAGGCCUGUGAUGAGUAGAAUUGCAAGAGGAUGGUGCAAUGCAUUUAAAAUUCAGCAAGACAAAGAACCACUCGGUGGUAAGCCUUGGGACUUCUUCUAUUAUUGGUUAGGUACCAGGGUAAAGCAGAAUUGGAAGGAAGAAAACUUUUCAGAAAUAAUAGGUACAAUUUAUGAUAGUUUCCCCAAGGAUCAGAAAAGUAUGAGUAUAUGUACUGAUAAAUACCCUGGUAUUAGCGAAUCCCUUUUCGAGAAGAGUAAAGAAUUGUUCGACUUUUUCUAUAAUUAUGAUACUGCUAAAGAUGAAUUAACGCGGAGGGGCCUACUUACGUAUGAAGGAUGCAACAAGUCCCUAAAGGGAGCUGAGGAAGCAUAUCAGAGUAUAAAAAGUGCUUGUACCGGUGAGAUUGAACAUAGUACAUAUUGUGGAAAACUUACUGCAGAAUAUGGAAAAUAUUUUGAUAACGGAGAAUCAAAAUGGGCAUGCCCUCAGGACUCUACACGUGCAGAAAAACCUCAAGAGGAUGUAAAAAUAAGAAAGGAGGAGGAAGAAGUAGAGGAGGAAGAUGAAGACUUAGCAGAGGUGCAAUCUAAAGGGCAAGAAGACGAAGAAGGUGAACAAGGUCCUGUUGGUGGUGUCGUGGCACCUGCUGCUGUGUCUGGUGCACUGGCCACCAUAGCAUUACCAACCUUGGCAUACUUUUUUUACAAGUACAAACCUUUCUUCUUUAAAAAGAAUAAUCAUUCUGGUGUAAGAAGGAAGAAAAGAUCAACUUUGAGACAUGAUUUGAACACCCUAUCAGAGGACGACGAAGACGAUGACACCUUAACAACGGCAUAUUCGUCCGAAUAUUCAAUUCCAUAUACAUCAUCCUCAAGAUGA